CCGCCUCCCCGGCGAGCGAGACGGUCGCAUCGGAGGCAAGCCCGCCCGCCGCCGCGCCGCCGCGCCUCGCCUCGUCGUCGUCCUCCUCCUCCUCCCGCUUGAAGCCGCAUCCGCGCGGGGAGGGAGAGCUGGGAGGAGGGCCAAUGGAGACGGAGCUGCUGCCCGUGGUUGACCUCCGCGUGCUCUCGCAGUCCGACCUGGACGCGCUCGCCGCCGCCUCCGCCCACGCCGUCUCGCCGCGGAGCUGCCCCGAUGCAAACCCCCUCCCGCCGCUGAAGAUCGACCGCGCUAUCUUCAACGAGAGCGCUGGCUCGCGUAAGCAGACCUUCUCUCGCCUCCGCUUCGGCACCGCCUCCUCCUCCUCCGGCUCCCCUUCCCCCGCCGCGAAGCCUAGGGGCAACGACAAGGAGGAUAGCUUCAUCGCCCACCACCUCCGCCUUCUCUUCGCCCGUGGCGACCCCUCCUUCCUGUCCCCUAUCGACCAGCCCGAAUCCCAAACCCUAGCUCUACCCGCGCCGCCGUCUCCCGACCCCGACCUGUUGACUACCAACUCCAGGGGGGUUUCCGUCGAUCUGGUCAACCUCGCACUGCUGGUCGACCCGUACGACGCGGAGCUGGGGAAGCGGACGGCUGGGAUGACCUCGGAGUCGGAGCUGAUGGGCUUCAUCGCUAGCCUAGCUGGUCAGUGGGUGAGCCAGAGGAUGCGGAGGAAGUUUGUGGAUGCGGCGUUCUUCGGGGAUCACCUCCCCAGCGGGUGGAGGCUGCAGCUCGGGAUCAUGCGGAAGGAUCACAAGGCCUGGUUGCACUGCUUCAGUUAUGUGAGCCCCAAGGGACAGCAAUUUGGUACUUGCAAAGAAGUUUCUGCAUACCUUAUGUCACUUCUUGGGUAUCCGGAUCUCAAAACGGGUAACAUUGAGAAUAGCAACAUGCAGCAACGUGACUUGUGUGCUGAAGAUGGUGUUAAUGUUUUAGGUGUUCAACACCAAAUUGGUUCAAGUAUGGACAACCAAAGUAUUUUACCAGCUGCUUCUGUUACCUUUUCUAGCCAUUCAAGAGAUGAAGAUGAAAGGGGUGCAGAUGCAACAGAUUCUUAUUACUGUCAAGAAUGCAAUACAACUUUUCAUGGUCAGAGUGCCUAUGCACAUCACCUGAUUGCUUUCCACAAAGUGAGUUCUAAGAGGCGUAAGAUUAACAAGAAUGUCAAAUUUGGUGAGCCAAUUAUAGGCAAAGACGGGAAAUUUGAAUGCCCAGUAUGUAAUAAAACGUUUGAGGAACAGUCACGGUACUUUGGUCACAUUGGAGCCCAUGCAAAGUAUCAUGGGCUGACUCCUGAGGCAUUCUUACAAACUUUUGCAGGAAAGGUUGGUAGCGAGUCUUUUUCUGAGUUGUCAUUUAGCCUUCAGGAAUUGACAGGAUCACCACAACAGAUUGAAAAGACUAAUGCUAGUGAAACACGAUCACAGCAUCACAAUUCUUCAACUAAACAUGGAGGCAAUGCUACAAGAGGUAUAGAUCUAUUAAACUCAAAUUGUCCAGACAACUUCAAUGGGCAUAAUCAAACUUGGUGUAGACCUGAAGAAAUACCUCCCACUACAGAUGCUCCGAGCACAUGGAGUUAUAGAAAUGAUGUCAUGGAUGGUGCUGAUAGAACUGUUCCAAGAAUAGCACCUCAGACCAAUGAUCACAUGGAUAGGAUUAGUGGCUUUGCUGAAGCAACAGAUUUUAAUGAUCAAGCAGGAAGACACCAAGUUUUUAGACCUUCCUCUUUUGGAACUGCCAACAAUUGUCAAGGCCAGAUUGUUGAUCGUGCAAUGGCUACUUCCAAGCAUGCUGAGGUUAACAAUAGUAUCAAAGCAAGAGAUGCCAACCACAAUUCAUGCCUAAACACAAUAUCAUUUCCUAUUGCAACUGCAAACAAUGAAACAUCAGCUGCCCUUAAUGACGGGAAUGGGUCACGCAUUACUGGAAAAGGCUUUAAUGGAAGUUUCAGUAACAAUGAUGGUGCUGCAUCUGCUGUGUUCUCCAAUUCUGGAGUAAACAAUAAAAUGCCUGGCUCCCUUGGUGUAGCUGACAGAUCCUCUGUUGCUGCCAGAUCCUUCAAUGCUGGUUAUGUUAAUGAUAAUAGUGCUUCUGAAGCUAACAAUAUUGGCAACAAAAACAAUUCCAUGGUUUAUCAGACAAAUUUGACUAUGCGCCCAAUCUCUCCUUGUGAUUUGCAACUUGGAUUUAGUGGCCAGAAGCAGCAGAUGUUUCCUGGUUAUGGAGAACUUAGACCAGCUGCAUCUGGGUCCCCUCAGCUUGGGAGCAUGGCAAGAAACAGUUCGAUACCGUCCAGACCUCCUCAGACGCAGUUUGGGAGCAUGGCCAGGACCGAUGCUUUGCCUACUGGAUCCUCUCAACCAGGGAGCUUGGCCAGACCAAAUCUUGUGCCUACAGGAUUUUCUCAGUUUGCAAGCAUGACCAGGCCGGCUACUUCUGUACCACCAGCUGAUCCCUCUCAGUUUGGGGGCAUGGGCAGGCAAACUAUUGGAACCACGUCUGAACCAACUCUAGUAUUGGGCUAUGCUCCUCAGAUGGUCAAUGGCCCUCCAACCCAGCUAGGAUGGGAUCUAUCUUUGUCAAGGAUGGUCAGUGAGGGCGUGAUCCCAGUAUUAUGCAUAUGGUGCAACAGCCAGUUCCACCAUUUUGGCCCCAUUGAUGGACAGCAGUCUGGUUCGUUUGGUUUCAUUUGCCCAGCUUGUAAGGAGAAGAUGGCAGGUAAUCAUAAUACCCCCAACAAUGGCCCAUGGCAAACCUGACAACUGUUGUGGCUGGUUUACGAUCAUUUCUGUUGCUGAAUGUUGGUGUCUGAAUUUUGCUCCAUGGCUGUCGUGGUUCGAAGAUUACCUGCACUGGCCUUCCUUCAAGGUUUUAGUAGGCUAUCUAGGAAUUAUGUCCGUACUUGGUAGACUCGCGUAUGUACUGUCGAACUGUAAAGAAAACUGUCCCAAGACAAGAGAAACCCAAUUAAUGUUGUAACUCUGGCAAGAUGGACCUCCAGUUGAAGAAUGGUGGGAGAUGGAAUGCAAGAUUCAGGGCUUGUACCCAACCAUCAUCCAGAAAGAGUUUACUAGAUAGUAGUAGCUUUUGGUGUAUGAUUGUUUGGGAACUAGUAGAUAAUUUCAUCAUACUUUGAUCACGUUACCCUUGAUGAUCUUUAUUCUGUGAACACCCACUAUCAUCUGAUAAUCCUCAGCCUUGUUCGUCCGUAGACAGGCUCAGACUUUUUGCUGUUUCUACGAGUGAUUCCAGCUUUUAUUCUAUUUAUGCUUAUAUGCCAAAAUUUAAA